AUGGCUCACCGUACUGCGAUCGCCGCCAGAAUCUCUCCCUAUCCGCGUUCUGUCGUGCCGCAGACCAAUGACGGCGCGCCUGAUAGUCGAAAGGCGAAGCGGGCGGCGAAGAGGCGCGAGGCGCUCGCGGGGAGGCCAGGGCCGCGCCCGGUGGAGGAGCCGCGCUUCAACGUCGGUCCCAGGAGGACUGCAGGGCCUGCCUCAUCUACGCGGCGCACGAGACGGGCGAAUGUCCCUGGACGCGACAUGAGUGGCAGCUUGUCAGCGGACGAAGACAUACCAGACUACCCUCCGCCGAGCUUUCAGGAGGCCAUGCAGGAGUCUCAAGCGCAGCCGUCGAGCAGUCUACAAGCGCCGGCAUGUGCACCGGUGGACCAAUCCCUCUCAAUGUCCACUCAGUCUUUCCACUCUGCCGCUGAGCGGAGGGUGGAAUCCCCGCCUAUAGACUCUCCUCUUUCUGACAAUGCUUCCAACGAUUCGCUCCAGAUUUUGGAUGAGGCGGGCCGGUCGCACACACCCGAAAUGUACACCUGCCGCUGCGGGUCGACGCGCCGCUUGGACGACAGUGACCUACGCCGUGAGGUAUCGGUGGAGCACACCGUCCGUAAUGAGUCUCCUCAACCUGCAUACCCAACGCCUGUGUCACCGGCGCCCACGAAGAAGUCACAUGCAUGGCUGGCGCCGCUGCGGACCCUCCUUCCUUCGCGCUUGAACAGCUGCAGGGAUGUUUUGUCGCCUACAUCGGCGUCUGCGCCGGUCACGCCCUCUCAGCCGUCCAUGCGGAACCACUUCCUCGAUGGCGCGAGCAUGCCAACGCCGAGGACGCCCACCGUGGCGUCCAUCUCGACGCGCACCACUCCGCUCUCGCCAACCUCGACUCACUCGUUCCGCAAACGCAUCUUCAACAAGAACAAGGAUCCGAGCAUCGCGCCCUCCCUCGCGCCCUCCGACGAAGCAGAGGACUCCGACUGGACGAUGAUUGACCGCGACGAGACGUACAUCGAAGCACCCAACGGCCAGGCGGCGCCGCGCGCGUCCAUCGAGAGCUGCCCGCCAGGGUCCAUCGCGAGCAUGCAGGUCAUGCAACCGCAGGUCGUGCGCCGACCCAAUCCGCCGCGAAUCCGCACUGACUUCUCGAUGGCCCCGGCGCAGACCCCGACCCCCGUGCAGGUCACGCCCACGCCCGCCGCGUACGAGUACGCCUCGGCGACGCCCGGCCUGACGAUGGGCACCACGCCCGCGACGCCGACGCCCGCGCAGCUGGCCACGCCGACCACGGCGACGUAUAUGACGGCGGCGACGUCUGGGACGCCCGCGUACGACCAUAACGCGCACUACACGGGCCGGCCGCUGCCCCUGCUGCCGCGCCGCCUGCAGCGCAAGGCGGUCGACUCGACCUUUGCGCCGGCGGAUGAGGCGUACUGGCGUAAUGAGCGGGCGAACGGCGGGCGCGUGCCGGAGGGUGUGCUCAUCGAUCUCGAGGACCAGUAG